UGCGGGAGCCGCAGGGAUCCAUGCCAGCCUCUGGCCGGAGCCGGAACCCCGCGGCGCUGAUUGAGCUCGGAGCCCAUCAAAGGCUCUUUGUGCUCUUUGUGCGGCCGAGCAGAGCGGCGAUGUGGCUCCUCCGCAGCCUCGCCUGGGCUCUCCUGAGCCCCGUGCUGGCGGCCGCGCCCGGCCCGCAGGAGCGCAUCCUGCUCCGCUCGCUGGGGCUGAGCGCCAAGCCCAGCCCCAGCAGCCCCGGCCCGGUGCCGCCCGUGCUCUGGAGGAUCUUCCACAAGAGGAGGACGCUGGCCCGGCCGGGCGAGCCGCAGUCCUGCCGGGUGGAGGAGUUCCAUGUCCCCGGCGACAUCGUGCGCGUCUUCGCUGACCGAGGCCGCUUCCUCCCCGAGGGGCAGCCCCCGGGGCGGCUGUGUCUGCGGAAGCUCCUGUUCUUCAACCUCUCCGCGCUCGAGGAGGGCGAGCGCCUGACCAUGGCGCAGCUGGAGCUCCGGUUCCACCACAACUCCUACCAGCCGGCCAGCCCGGGGCAGGUUUUGGAGCUCCGGCUGUACCGGGCGUCCCCCGGGGGGCUGCCCCGGCCCGGCCGGAGCCCGCUGGUGGAGCGCUCCUUCGUCCAGCUGCGCAAAUCCCUGCCGCUGGACCUGAGCGCGGCGCUGAAGGACGGCGCGGCGCCGGGCAGCAAUUUGGCUCUGGUGCUGGAGAUCUCGGCCGGAGGGGACGGCGGGACCCCGCGGAGCCCCUGCGGCAGCAGCGACGCCUUCGCGGCCACCUCGCUGCUGCUGGUGACGCUGGGCCCGCGGUGCCGGGCUGCCCGCGGCAGGAGGAGCCCCCCGAGCCCCCCGCUGACCCCCAGCCCCCUGUGCAAGCCCCGCCGGCUCUACAUCAGCUUCAGCGACGUGGGCUGGGAGAACUGGAUCAUCGCCCCCCAGGGCUACCUGGCCAACUACUGCGGCGGGGACUGUCCCUUCCCGCUGGCGGCCGAGCUCAACAGCACCAACCACGCCGUGCUGCAGACCAUGGUGCACUCGCUGGACCCGCAGGGCACCCCCCAGCCCUGCUGCGUGCCCGUCCGCCUCUCCCCCAUCUCCAUCCUCUACUACGACAACAGCGACAACGUGGUGCUGCGCCACUACGAGGACAUGGUGGUGGACGAGUGCGGCUGCAGGUAGCGGGGAUGGUGCGGGCA